AAUUAACAAUCUGUCAACAAACGCAACAAACACUCCUCCUGUCGCCUUGAAUUCUUCAAUAAACUAUAUUUUAGAGUAUAGCUUUUGUUAAAAUUAAAUAAUUCGAACCAGGCACCUGGUUUCUCAACAAUUUGAUUUUAAUAAGCUUUCGAAAAUAAUGUAAAAUUUAACGGACAGCCGAUAGAUUGAAAGGAAGAGUAAGUAAAUUGUAGAAUCUAUGGUCAGAUGGUAGAUUACUUGGCUUUUGUUAUUUUUUUUCGUUUCGCUUUGACAUUACACCUAUCAAUUUUGCUAAACAAAAACGCACACAUCGACAUCUCAGUUAACGGAGGUUAUUUCGCAACGAUUAGAAAUUUAAACUAAAAGUCUUUUCCUAAAAUUAAAAAAAAUGUCGCAACUCUACUUUCAACCACCGCAACCAAGUCCUCAAAGGAACAUCGAACUGAGUAAAUUGUUGUCGUGGAUUCUCCGUCACGGAGCGAAUGAAGAAAAAUUACCGAUUGACGCAAAUGGAUACAUUGACAUUGAUGUGAUUCUGAAAACGCACCGAUUUGUUGCAAAGAAAUUCUCAUUGAACGAAAUCAAAAAUGUGGUCGCAAACGAUCGAAAGCAAAGAUUCGCGUUGGAUACGUUGCCGAACGGUAAAAUGCGCAUCAAGGCUAAUCAAGGCCAUUCAAUGGCUAAUGUUCAAAUGACAAUGACCAAAAUUGAUGAUGCCCGCAAAGUUCCGAUUGCCGUCCAUGGAACUUAUUACCGAUUUUGGGAAAAGAUCAAAGCAGAAGGAUUGAAGAGAAUGACCAGAAAUCACAUACAUUUGACGGAAAAUGAAGUAUUCAGUGGGGAUACUAGUGGAUUCCGUUCCAGUUCUGAAAUAUUGAUCUACGUUGAUGUUAGCAAAGCGGUGUCAGACGGUGUUGUAUUUUAUCGUUCGGCCAAUAAUGUUAUUUUGACCGAAGGACUAGAUGGAGUUUUGCCAAGUAAAUAUUUUGCUAGGGUCGUUGACCGUGUAACCAAAAAACGGUUACUAUAAGAACGUAUAUUUUCCAAUUUUAUUCCCGUUUCGACUAUGGCUGAUGCAACCAACCCCAAUACAUCAGUGACCAAAGUAAAUUCACAAAAGAACUCACCGAAAGCCAAAAACGAUGCCCCAAAUAAUAAAGCGAAAAAGCGGCAGCAGAAAAAACGGAAGUUACCAAUGAAUGAUCACCUUCAAGAAGCUGUGUGCACGGCUCUAAGAAACUGUGCAGAAGGCAGCGAAAUACAAGCAUUGACGUAUGCACUACAACCGGAAAGCGAUUUUAUGGCAUGCAUAUUCCAGAAAAUAUUCUGUGACAUCAACCUAGUGUUGAACCAGCGAUGCAAAAAAUUUGAGAUUUAUCCCUUCGGAUCGUCGGUGUGCGGCAUGGCCUUUAAAACCAGCGAUUUCGACAUUUACGUCGAUAUAAAAGAUCUGCCCGACAAAUCGAAGAAAACCGUUUCGAGGAUCAUUUUCCAAACCAUUGAUACGAUGAAACGCACGAACUUAUUCGAACAGACCGUUGCCAUUGUCAACGCUAAAAUACCUCUACUGAAAUGUGUCCACGUCAAGACCGGCUUUCAGUGUGACUUCAGCUUCACCAGCCCGAUGGGUCGAUACAAUAGUCAGAUCAUUCGAGAAAUCAUCUUUCUCGACCAACGAAUCCAUCCGUUGAUUAUCAUUUUAAAGCAUUGGAUGAAAACGCGUAAUCUAUUGGGCACCGGCAAAAUAACAUCCUACUGCCUGAUCAUGAUGGUGAUCUUCUACCUACAGCAUGAGAAAAUAAUAAGGCCACUUGCCGUCUACCAGACGCAAGUUCCUAAAUUUAUCGUCGACAAAUACUGGAAUUUGGCUUGGAAUAAUGCACUGCCGAAUCGGUUCAAUAACGGUUCGGACCUGAUGAUCUCCAGUUUGUUGCGUGGAUUCGUUGACUUCUAUAAACAAUUCGAUUUUCAACGCUACAUCAUUUGCCCGCUCUAUGGUCAAACAUAUGAAAGGGCCACGUUCGCGCAAAAAACGCCACCGGAAUUCGAGGCAUACAUUGAAUACAUGAAAUCUGAUGGAGCCUCACCAUUGAAUCUACACCAUGUAAUGUGCGUCCAAGAUCCAUUCGCUUUAAAUCACAAUGUAGCGGCAUCAUGUGGAUCCGUCCAUCGGUUCUUCAGUUUGGAGCUGCGUCAUGCAUCGGAUAUGUUCAAAACGCAACUAAAAUCCGGUGUCACAUCAGCCGCAUUUCUUCUACGAUUCUUCACCGAAUUUGCCGUCGAUCCCGAACUGAACAAGGACAUGUCAGCGACCAAAUCAAGUGAAUUCCAGGUGAGACUAUUGCCGCUCGAAUUUGAACUGUCCGUGAUACGCAGAAUGAUGAUGGAUGAGAGUCGAUCGGUGCCAAUUGAACCGGACCAAGUGAGGAAACGUUGGUCAGCGUUAACAGUACUAUUAAUCCGAUUCAUAUUCGAACACUUGUUCAAACUGCAAGUGAACGUCGUUGAUAUGCAGAACAACACGGACGAGCGACUAAAAAAAUAUCAAAAAUUGAAUGGACAAAAGGAUGUUAGUGAGGCAUUGGAACUGGUCCAUUGGAAUGUGAGUGGUACGGAAGACGUUUACCACAUGAAAAAAUUGACCAAAUGCACCACAACGACAUAUUUCGUGGAUGAAGCUACCUAUGCUACGAAUAAACUACAACAGCUGAGCGAGUCAAAGAAACAUUCAGUCGAACUAAAUUGCAUCGUGUCGAUCAAUUCAACACCCGUCGACGUUCAUAUACUAUUCAAUGAAACUGACAACACUAAGAAAAAUGCCACCAAAUGUUUCUAUCAAAGCUUUACGAGGAGCAUUCGGAAUCACAUGAAAGCGUAUUUCUUGCAUUGUCAACGUGUAUCGGGUAUCGUGGAGCCAGCAUCUCUUUUAGAGUCAUGUAAAGAAGAAGUGAAAACUAAUACUAAACAAACCGUGGUCGAUGAUAGGGCAAUGAUGGAUAAAGAAAGUGACGUACUGCUUUCCGAGGGUGUUGGUCAGAUAACAGGUGAGAUUACAGUUCAAAAUUGAAUUAACUGAAAACUGACAUGUUUUGCGCUCGAAAUGUAUUAAGAAAUAAAAUUGAGAAUUUUACGGAAUUUUAA